AUGGCAUACCUACAUUUCGCUCCAAUCUCUUAUAUCCUGGCCUUCCUCGCAAUCGUCUACCGGUCCCUAGCCGCCGUCCUCCCCGUUCGCGAUAAUACUAUCACUCUCCCUCCAGGCGUGACCUACAACCCCCAAACGAACGUAUGGUGUACACCGACGACAUGGACGGACGUAGCUUCCUUCUUUCUGGGAAACUAUAUCUCCCAUGCAGCUACCGUCAUCUCUUUUCCCGGCGAACCUGUUAGUGUAACGGUUGCGAACAUGGUGCUCUCCAUUUUCUUCCCGAGUUCUGGCGCAGGUCGCGGAGUAUUAGCAAUAUUGCGACAUGCGGCCUUCUACAAGGAUCCAAUCCAACAAGCCCUUCGGUCGAGAGCUCUGUGCAUGGUGGUCCGCUCGCCAGACUGGAAACCCGCUUCUGGGGAGACACUUCGGUCCUUGUCAUUCCUGUCGAAAGAGCUUCGGGAUGAAACUGGUGAGAAGUACGAAGCUUAUAAAUUAAUGUCAGGUUGCUUACAUUUUGCAUAUUCAGCUCACAAAAAUGAAGAAGUCGAACAAUACGUGAAAGAAUUAGAAGCAUACCAUGAUCCGAUCGAACUCAAGGUGGAGAGUCCAACAUGGCUAGAAAGAGGCGCUAAUUCUACACGUCUCGAAAUAGUCGGCCCCAAUUACCAAGUUUUUGGAACAUACCAGCUCCCAGAGGGAUACGAACUUGCUUAUGUGCCUGCCAACGCUAUAAUUGAAUCAAUCUCUCCUUCGAACGACAGCUCGGACCAUAAACCUUAUCCAAAGUCCGAUUUCAAACUUUCCUCAGUCUAUAGUUUUUCUUCAGCAUUGAUCUCAAUUAUCCAAAUCAUAUAUGCCCUAACGGGCCUGUACCGAUCUAGAGGCGACCAGGUAACGAAGUAUGGAUAUGCAGCAUUCUCAUUUACGGUUCUACCGUAUGUGAUUAUGUCUUUUGUCAAUCUGCUUGGUAACUUGGUCACUCCUCGGUACUCAACCCUGUAUCUGAUCCGGACUGAGAUGAUGGACGAGGCUUCACGCCGUGGAGGAUACCUUUGUGUUCUCAGCGACACUGAAGAGUCCCCGCAAGAGUUGUGGGAACUUCAGCUAGCCGACAAGAUCUAUCGUGCUGGCGAUGUGGAGCCUAUAUCUGCUGAAAGCAAGGAGUCGAUCUCGAAUGCGAAUGAAGAGCAAAUUCAAAUUGACAUGACUGUAUCGCAUACUUUGGACAAGGUAUUGUCAACACGCGAAAAGGAAGUGACGAACCAAGUUGAGUCAUCGAAUAGCCGCGACAUAAACAAAAAGCACAGCAAAAAGGCUGAUCAGAAGCCUUUACUCAUUUGUCCCAAUUGCUACCAAUUCCGAACCAUAGAAGAGCGGCCCAACAAAUUCCUAAGCCUGACAAAUCCAAAGCAGUACAACCUCGUUGGUUGGUGGUUCGUUAUGGCUACCCGCGUCUGCAUUGCCGCCGCCCCCUUGGCCGUUAUUGGCGGCAUGUCCCAAUUUAAAAUAGGAUCAAGUACAGUACCGCAGAGAGCUUGGACAAUGACUUGGCUUGCUGUAGGGAUGGGCGUGCCGUUUCAGCCGCAGUUAUCCCUCAUAAUUGUUCGAGCAUUUUCUGGGCUUGUUCAGAGCGGAAUUAAAAUGUACAGGAAGGAAGCUGAUGCCCGAGGCAAAAAAGCUUUCUGGGAUUAUGUGAUAGAGUGCUCUGGGUAUAUUCUUUGUGUAGCGGUUUUUGGUGCACCGGCCGUUGGAGGAUUUGUUGUCGUUACGCAGAUGCUUAGGGAGUCAGCGUCUUCGGGCCAUGACACCGAACGGGCCAGUUCCCUCAAGCGCAUCAAAAUAUUUCUAUACACCAACUUUCAACACGCCAUCAUGCCACCAAUAUGUACAAGAAGCAUACAAAAUUUCAGCAUUCAAGAGGGCAAGAUACUACUUGCUAUAUCCGAUUUAAGAAAUAGAAGAAUUCGAUCUGUACGUGAAGCUGUACGGAUCUAUAAUGUUUCACGUACAACUCUCCAACGCCGACUUGCUGGUAUCCAAUAUCGAGGAAUCUCUUCUAAAAAUGGAUUCUUGACCUUGAUAAACGUGGAUUACCUCCCCGGCCAUCUCUCGUACAAGAUAUGGCGGAUCUGUUUCUUUCCUAGCAUGGCAAUAAACAUACAUUCGGAAGUCAAACUACGGUUUUCACGAAGAUAUAACUACGAGAGAGCAAAAUGUGAGGAUUUUAAGAUAAUCCAAGAGCAUUCUGACCGCGUACGAGACGUUGUACAAGAAUAUGGAAUCUUACCUGAAGAUAUAUAUAAUUUUGAUGAGACUGGCUUCGCUAUGGGUCUCUGUGCUUCUGCAAAGUUAAUUACGGGCAGCGAUCGAUAUGGAAGACCUUAUUUACUACAACCUGGCAAUCGCGAGUGGGUUACAGCAAUUGAAGCAGUUAAUUCCACUGGAUGGGCUUUGCCCUCAUACGUUAUCUUCAAAGCAACAACCUUUUAUCAACAAGGCUGGUUUGAGACUCUUCCACAAGAUUGGAGACUUGAUAUUAGUAAAAAUGGCUGGACAACAGAUGACAUUGGAAUACGAUGGCUUCAAAAACACUUUAUUCCUCAUACGACAAGCCGUACGAAGGGGAGAUAUCGGAUGCUUAUUCUUGAUGGCCAUGGAAGCCAUUUGACACCUCAAUUUGAUCAAAUAUGCACUGAAAAUAAUAUUAUACCAGUGUGUAUGCCACCUCGUUCCUCGCAUCUCUUACAGCCUCUCGAUGUGAGUUGUUUUGCUGUUCUCAAACGACAAUAUGGACGCCUUGUUGAGCAACGUGUACGGCUUGGAUUCAAUCAUAUUGAUAAAUAUGACUUCCUUACGGCUUUUCCAGAGGCUCGUACAAUGGCGUAUAAAGCUGAAAAUAUUCAGAAUGGCUUCAAGGCAACUGGAUUGGUGCCAUUUGAUCCAGAUCGUGUUUAUCAAAAGCUUACAGUUCAACUUCGCACUCCAACACCACCUCCCAGUCGAUCAAGUAAUUCACAAUCCUCUUGCCAGCAAACACCUCAAAAUCCACGCCAAUUCAAUCGUCAGACGGCAACAAUAAAGAAGCGUAUAAAUGAGCCUACAACAGGUCCAUUUGAGGUGGUUGAUCAAGCGAUAAACCGGCUGUCCAAAGCAUACGAAAUGAGCAGGAAUGAGCUUCUGAUUAUACAGAAAGAGGUGCAUGAUUUACGGGCUGCAAAUGAGAAGGAGAAGCAAAAACCACGUCAAGCAGCAGCACCUGGAGCCCAAAAACGCCUUACAAUGCCCCAAUUCGCCAUCGUGUCCGGCUUUUAA